AUGGGAAGUAGAUAUCCAAAUAAUGAUAUGCGACAAGACCAUCGUCGAAAUCCACGCUUUAAUCCGUACGCAAACACGAAUAUGAGUGGAGGAGCAAGCAGUGGCGUAGGAAUGACAAGGCAAUCAAGACCCGUACAACGUCUACCACCACCGCAACCGAUCAGACGGAAUCCAUCACCGAAUUCAGACACCCAUCUUUCGGCAUUCUAUCGCGAUCGAUUCGGCAGUCACUCUCCAGAAGAAUACAUGAAUCUUCGUUUAUCACAUUUGGAUGCUAAAUUGUCGAAAGAUGAAGUUAAGGACGUUUUGGAACAUGAAUUCAGGAGAUUCGCUCCGUUUGAGAUAAAAGUGGUUCGCAACCCGGGUGAUGAGCAACGACUUGCAUAUGUGAAUUUUGAGCGUGCUGAUGCCGCCAGAACAAUCAGACACACGAUGCUGCCAAGAUUACAGAAACUGUUAGGGAGGAGGCUACAUAUAGAUCCGGCUGGAAUAAUACGUGAUCAAGAGGGUAAAUACAUACCUGACCGUUACAACAGAGCACUGCAGGCUGAACGAGAUCGAGAUCGCAAAGAACCUAUUAGGAGGUUUAUUCUUGAUUCUUGUACUCGAUUAGUUAUACGAAUAUCACCAGCAACUACUCGUCCACGUCGUGAAGGUGCUGACAAUACGUGGAACUUAAAAGAGGAUGAUUCCGAUGCGACAAGAACUCUUUUCGUUGGUAAUCUGCCAGCUGAUAUUCGUGAAUCUGAACUGAGGCGAGUCUUUGAGAAGUAUGGACGAGUUGAGGAUGUUGAUAUUAAAAAUCCACCGGAAACAAAUGCUGCUUAUGCUUUCAUUCUUUUCCAGACUUUGGAGCAGUCAAUGAAUGCCAAACAAAGUGAGCACGACCGUUCGAUAAGACCUGGAACAGCAAGAUGUAAGAUUGGCUAUGGCAAAUCACAACCAUCGAAUCGAUUGUGGAUCGGUGGGUUGGGUCCAUGGACAUCGGCUGAGUAUUUGGCCAAGGAGUUUGAUCGAUAUGGAUUAAUCGAUCGUUUGGAAUAUGACGAAGGUUCUGAUUAUGCGUAUAUUCGAUUUGCUGAUCAAAAUGCAGCGAUGGAUGCGUGUCGUGCCAUGAAAGGAUUUCCUUUGGGUGGACGUGACCGGUGUAUUAUUGUUGAUUUUGCGAAAGACGAUCAAAAAGACGAUCGUAAGCGCCGUCGAAGUCAUUCGGGUGACAUUUCGAUCGCAUCGUCUCGUAAACGUCGUGGCCCCAGAACGCCACCACUAGAGUGCGGCUCGUUGAUACACGAUGGUGACAGUCGUGGCUCGUCGCCGUCUCACGGUGUUAUCGAUACAGUGGAUGAGUUGGAGCGAUGUAUUGCGUCAACGUGGCAAGGCUUUGUGGUGCUCAAGAAAACCGAAUACGCCGUUCGAUUGCAUCGCAUCAGCGGGACAGAGCAUUUGCUGCAAAAGUUGCUGCGUGACUCGUCGGAUGGCAGUGCCAUCAAACUGCACAUCACACAACGUCUGCCGUUGGCAUCACAAGAAGCACUCGAGGAACGUCUGAUUAGUUCGUCAAAGAAACAGUUAUCGUUAAUGAUCGCAAUCGCAUGCGAUAAGACGAUUCGUCCGCUCGUGAACUAUCUGUCAGAAAAAGAGGCAGCGGGAGUGGUGACGGUGCCGGGCGGUGUUUUGUACGUGUUUGCACCGAGUAACAUGGCCGAUCGUUUGAUUAGUGCAUGUGCACCGCGUGUGACGUUGUUGACACCAGAAUGUUCACAUUUGUUGUUCGCUUUGGCUCUGAAAGCUUCUUCUGACACACCAUCAAAUGCAUCCUGA